AUUUUUGACAGAACCCGGAAGCAGUUUGUUUAUGGCAACGCGCGUUUUUCGAGUGUGUGAGAAUAUUUGAGUUUAGGGAUCAUUUGUAAAUCAUACUUCACACUAAAUCACUCAAAAACCGGUUGUGAAGGGGCUCGUGUUUCACAGUAGGGGAAAACUAUGCCGAAUGAGGUGUUAUGUUACCACCCUGAGGACCAGUGGAUGUCCUGUACGCUGUGUCGCACGGCGCGCCGCGGGAACACAACACUACAGAGGGCGCUACAGAGGAGGAUUGACUGGCCCCAACCUAAACUCCCUGCAGCUGGCAGUCCCAUACAGGAUCCUCUCCACUUUACAACUAUAGAUGAUGCCUUUUCCAGUGUGCUGCAGUACAUGACAACCACCACCAGACAGUGUAGGGUAAGUCACUAUCCAUACUUGUCAUGUAGGUAGAAAUAACAUGUUGGC